AUGAAUAGAGGAGGUACUAUUAUGAGUUCACAGAACAGGAUUGCUACUUCAGCUUCAUCCAACGAUGAAAUUCUACCAAAUCGGUCAGCGAAUUCUCCUGCCGAUCAAAAACCAACUUUAUGGCAGGUUAAUGGUCAAACUAUUGUUAAUCAGCUGUCACCAGCAACUGGCGAUCAAGCCGGUGCUUGCACUGACCCAACGCAGGGAAGUUCGUCGGCUAGCGAUCUUUCUGCAGAUGCUGAAGGAGUUUGGUCGCCUGAUAUCGACCAGGCUUUUCAAGAGGCUUUACAGAUAUAUCCACCUUGUGGGCGAAGAAAAAUUAUUUUAAGUGACGAAGGAAAGAUGUAUGGUCGAAAUGAAUUAAUUGCAAGGUAUAUAAAAAUUAGAUGUGGCAAAACGCGAACUCGAAAACAGGUUUCAUCACACAUACAAGUUCUCGCUCGAAAAAAAGCUCGUGAAUCACAGUCUAAAUUAAAGUCAGCCGAUUCAUCACCACCAUCAAUAUCAGUGGAAAAAGAAAAGGCCAUGCUAACGCAAUUAAGUCCGCAUCAAUUAUUAAUGAAUGGAUACGAACACGUAGCACCGCUAAAUGCGAUAUCGCCCACAAAAGUGCCUUUAGGGAUAAUUGAUGAUCGAGCAAUAGCUUCAUCGCUUCUAACUUUAUGUGGCUUUACUGCAUAUGUGGAACCGGAACCCAAUGACAUCAACUCGAGGGUUGAUUUGGUUAAAAUACCCAAAUAUGCUGAAGAACCGCUUGAGACUUUCAAGUUAGAGGACAUUGUUGACAAAUAUCCGUCUGUCCUCGUCGAAUUAUUUGCUCAAGGACCACGAGAUGGUUUUUUCUUAAUCAAAUGUUGGGCAAACGUUGAAUUUAAUUUACCCGAUGAUCGGUUGGCACUUUACGCUGUUGAUAGUUUCUAUGAAAGCCAUCGUCAGUUUGAUAUAUCAGUUUCAACAAAAGUUUGUUCCUUUGGAAAGCAGGUGAUCGAAAAAGUUGAAGUUUAUUCACCGGUGGAAAUUAAUGGAAAAUAUAAUUUCUGUCUCGAAGGUUCGCCAAUGUGUGAGUAUAUGGUCAAAUUUGUUGCGGAAUUGAAAAAAUUACAAGAACACUCCUUGAUGAAUAGCGUCCUUGACAAUUUUACUGUUUUACAGGUUGUUUCAAAUCGUGAUACAAAAGAAACUUUAAUGGUUAUUGGUUUUGUUUUCGAAGUAUCACCCGAACCGGAAUCUACUUGUCGCCUUUACCGAUUAGUCGGUAAUUAA